GCAGUGACGUCACGAGCGGUGUAAACAAAGCCGUUUGCGGUUAGCAUUCCGAGCGAACGGACCCGGAACCCCAGACUGCCAGGGAUGGACUGACCCGAACCGGGACCAGGACCGGAACCAUGUCCAUGGAAGACCCGUUCUUCGUCGUCAAGGGGGAGGUGCAGAAGGAGGUGCAGUCUGCUCAGGCUCUUCACCACAGAUGGAGGGAGCUGACACAGGAACUGGGCGGAGCUUCCAGACACGAGGUGGGCGGAGCCUCCAAGGAAGAAGUGGACUGGACGACCAAUGAGCUGAGGAACUGCCUGAGGUCCAUCGAGUGGGACCUGGAGGACCUGGAGGAGACGGUCAGCAUCGUGGAAUCUAACCCGAAGAAAUUCAACCUGGAUGAAACAGAGCUGAAGACCCGGAAAAACUUUAUCGCCAACACCAGGCUGACAGUCCAGGUGAUGAAGGAGCAGAUGUGUGGUCCAGCUGGUCCCUCUGACAGGCAGAACCGGGUCCAGGGGGACCCGGGUUCUCAGGGGCCCAUCUGGCAGCCGGCGCCUCAGUACCAGCGACUGGACCGUCAGCUGGAGAACGCCAACUCUCAGUUCAUCGAGGAGCAGCAGGCCCAGCAGCAGCUGAUGGCGGAGCGGCAGGACGAGCAGCUGCAGCUGGUGUCGGGAACCAUCGGCGUCCUGAAGAACAUGUCGGAGCGUAUCGGACAGGAGCUGGACGAGCAGGCCGUGAUGCUGGACGACUUCACCCACGAGGUGGACAACACCCAGUCCAGGCUGGACAACGUGAUGAAGAAGCUGGCCAAAGUGUCCCACAUGACCAGCGAUCGCCGCCAGUGGUGCGCCAUCGGGGUUCUGCUGGCUCUUCUCUUCAUCGUCAUCCUCCUGUUCUUCAUACUCUGAUCUGUGGACCUCCUGCUGGACUCUGCUGGAUCCUACUGGACUCUACUAUACUCUACUGGAUCCUACUGGACUCUACUAUACUCUACCGGAUCCUACUGGGCUCUGCUAGACUCUACCGGAUCCUACUGGACACUACUGGACUCUACUAUACUGUACCGGUUCCUACUGGAUUCUACUGCACUCUACUGGACUCUACCGGAUCCUACUGGACUCUACUAUACCGCAUCCUACUGGACUCUACUAGACUCUGCUAGACUCUACCGGAUCCUACUGGACUCUACUAUACCGGAUCCUACUGGACUCUACUAUACCGGAUCCUACUGGACUCUACUGGACUCUACUGUACUCUACCGGAUCCUACUGGACUCUACUGGACUCUACUGGACUUUACUAUACUCUACCGGAUACUACUGGACUCUACUGGACUCUACUGUACUCUACUAUACUCUACCGGAUCCUACUGGACUCUACUGGACUCUACUGGAUCCUACUGGACUCUACUAUACUCUACCGGAUCCUACUGGACUCUACUAUACUCUACCGGAUCCUACUGGACUUUACUGGACUCUACUAUACUCUACCAGAUCCUACUGGACUCUACUGGACUCUACUAUACUCUACCGGAUCCUACUGGACUCUACUAUACUCUACCGGAUCCUACUGGACUCUACUAUACUCUACCAGAUCCUACUGGACUCUACUGUACUCUACCGGAUCCUACUGGACUCUACUGGACUCUACUAUACUCUACCGGAUCCUACUGGACUCUACUAUACUCUACCGGA